AAGUUUGGAACAUCUGUACAUGGAAUAUGACGAGGAUGAUGAUAUCUUCUUUGCAAAAUGGAUGAGCAGCUUCUGGGGCCACAACUUGAUCGAUGAGAAUGAGAAAGAGGGUAGAGGCCACAAGAAACGUCAGACACGAUUCUGUAAUGAGAGGAGAGCAUCCCUACCGGCCAAGCUUUCCUCCCUCCAUGCAACACGACUUCAUGAUUCUGCCAAAGGCUCAUCUUCAGGCCAUCUCAAGGGCUCCAAAGAAUUUCAAGAAGACCAAGAUGUCAAAUGCCACUGCCACAGGAAGGCAAGCAGAACAGCUUCAGCAGACAGCUCAGGCCCGGACACAAGAUCAAAUUCCAUUCAGGAGUUUGCAGAGUCCUUUGAAAAGCAAUUGCAUCUCAAAAGCAAGCGCUCAGUUUCUUUGCAACCUGAAGGCGUGAAGGAGAGACGAGAAAGAGAAAGAUUGCAUUUGAGAAAAAGCAAGUCUCAUAAGAGAAUGGAAGAGAAAUCAGAGCCAAGGAGAGAACGAGAAGAAGCUGAAGGUUCAGAAGUACCUGCAAAACACAACGAACAGUUUCCAUCACAAGCAAGCAGUCAGAAAGGAUAUUUAUGUACAGGCAGCUAG